GAGGCUUGGAGCGCAGCGUGUCAGUGACAGUACACAACCGGUCUCCCCAAAGAGGCGCUGACUGCAGUCUUCUGAGCUGUGCCACCCGAAGCCGCCAUGGCUGUGCCCAUCCUCCUCGCCUGGCGGCCAGUGCAGCACACGUGUUCUCCGGUGUCUGUUUGUACCCGGAAUACCUCUGGGCAGUUCUGCAGCUGCUUGAAACAAAACCAAAAGUAACCAUUUGUGUCCGGAAGAGCCGCAGAUCCGCCCUCCAGUCCACCGAGGCCACAGAAGAGUGCAGUGCGGGACACCCACUAACCGGGCGGACUACCGAGCCUUCUACUACUACCGGAGGAGUCCCGGGGGUGGUGCACAAGAGCCGGAGGAACUUCUGUGUCUGUGACCGCCCUGACCGCGCUGCUCCCGGGAGCCAUCAUGGAUUCCUUCAUAGAUGAUGAUAUUUGUAUCCUGACACGUGAGAAAGACAGUACAAAAAGAGAACGAGCUGCCCCCAUGUCCAUCUCUGGGGAUUCAUCAGUGGCCUCACACUUUGCCCUUGUCACAGCAUACGAAGACAUCAAGAAGCGCCUCAAGGACACUGAACGGGAAAAUUACUCUCUAAAGAAAAGAUUAAGACAAAUGGAGGAUAAGCUUUGUGGAGAAUCAAGCAUGGUGGAAAGUGAGAAAGUGAACAAAGCAUUCGGUGCAUUCCGGGAGAUUUCUAUAGAGCGAGACAAUCUAAUAAAGAAGCUGAGUGCAGUGGAGAAGGAGAAAAUCGAAUUCACAAGAAACCUCAAUGAGCAGUUGCAGUCAAAAGAGGUAGAGCUGCUGCAAAUGAAAUCUGAACUGGAGACCCAUCAGGUGAUGAAAAGCUUAAGCAAAAGUAUUACCGACUGGGAAAUUGAAAAGCUAAACAGUGAGCUGAAAAUCCGGUCAGUGGAGCAAGAACUGAAAUUGCUUCAGGAAGAAUGCGGACGUCUCCGAGCGGAACUUGAAAGGACAAAGAAGCUCCAAUUCUUUAAACAUGACAUUUUGGAGAAUGCUACUGCUGAUAAAAGUUUAUGUCAAGAAAAUUAUCAAGACGAUGUUGGUGACAGCGAGAGCAGCAUGCGGCAGGCGUACUGGGAGCUGAAGAAGGAAAUGUCUAAUUUACAUCUAGUGACUGAGGUACAAGCCGAGGUGCUAAGAAAGCUGAAAGGAACAGUGGCUGCGACCAAGAAAGCUUCUAGAGGCCCAGUCCAGUGUGAAGAGGACCUGGAGAGGACCCUCAGUAAUAUUCGGAUAACAGCUGGUGGAGUCACGUACCAAAAGGCUGUUUCACCUAAAGAACAGAAGCUUAACGGUGGUGCCUCUGCCCCACAACCACACAGCAGCACACUUAAUACAUUGUCUGUGAAGCCAGAGGGUGCGCAAUGGACAGUCGAGAGGCCAAUUCCAGUUGGUGGCAUAGACUGUGAGGAGACUGACUCAUACCAAAAGUCAUAUUCAGAAGAAAAUUCUUGGGUAAUACCAAGCCCCCCAAAGCCCAGUGAAACACUAUUCUGGGAAACAAAGAAUAACUCGGCAUCAAGCAACCCGGGCCAGUAUUAUUCUCCAAAUUAUAACUUUGAUAGCUAAGACAAUGGUCCUAUCAUACUAAUUUAUGAUCCACUGCACCUCUGAAGUCUUUCUUGUAUAUCUACGUAAUUUAUGCAAUUUGUGGACUCAGCCAGUUUUAUUGAGCUGUCUGUAUGGAUAUGUACAUGGAUUAUAUGUGCACCUUAUGAUUUUAGAUUAAGCAAAUCCUGACAUAUUAGGACUUCAUCAGUAUCAAAAAAAACAUGGAAGUGUGACAUACAAUUGAAUUAUAUUGUACAUGCCAGGAAUAUAAUGAAGAAUGUGUCUAUUUUUUUAUAUAAGUAUAGUAUUGAAGAGUGAUAACGGAAUAGCUUGUCAGUAUGUUGGAUUAAAAAUAUUUCUUUAUAUAUCAGGGGUGUGGAAAUUUAUUUAAAAAAUACUUGUCCGCGGGACUAAAACGGAGCAAAAUCUACUUGUCCCUCACGACGAUCCACUUGUCCCAGCCAAUUUUUGCUUUUACUCUCUCUCGUUUUUCCUCCUCGCCCUAUAAGAGCCAUGAAUAACUACUAUAAUGAUACCUUUUAAUUUUUCCAUAACAUAUGCUCCGAAACAGAAAAAAAUAUUGGAAGUGAAAUUGAAAUAGUAAAAGAUAAUUUAGUAAAUGUAGUGGUUUUCUUUUCUACGCCAUUUACCUUGUGGUUGACCUAACAUGUUGUUUUGAUACUUUAGGCCGACCUGAUUACAGCACUAUGAGACUUGUAUAGUUUCUGCCAUGUUUCCCCCCCCCACAUACAAGGCUGUAUGAGGGCUAAUUUAUUUAUUUAUUUAUUUUUUGUAUCUGUACCAUUUUGGUAUUGAUCUGACUUUUUAGAGUCUAUUCACACGUACAGUAUUCUG